CACACAAGGUAUUUUCAUAGUUUUCGUUUUAGUUCUAUAUGCGCAUCUCUAUCUCCAUCUCCAUCUCCGACUCGCCAUGUACAAGUAUGGAGGUUUCUUCACCUUUUCUAUUUACCUUGAAAUCACCCCUUUCUUCUGGGAUUUUAUGUAUAUUUUUUUUGAUUUGAACUGAAAAUUUCGUUGAUAAAUUAGGUUAUUAUGUAUUCAAUUUAUCUGUCGAAAUUUUCAAUUGUCUAUUCAUCUCUGUUGAUAAAUUUGGGUUAGUUAUUUUUUUUUCAAUUGUCUAUUCAUCUUUGUUGUAUGAAUUUUUGUCAUAAAUUCUGAUUCUUCAAAUUUGAGAAAUUGUAAGUUUGGUUUUAUAAUUUUCCCCCAAUUAUCUGUUCGUAGGGAUAGGUGCAUUAUUUUUUCACUCCUGAUCUUUAUUUGUUUUAAUUUCUAAUUAAAUCAACUAACGAAUAAUGCUACAGAAAAUACAGUGCUAUAGAAAAUACUGCCAUUACUGAGAUGGGUAGCAAAAUAUAGCAAUAAGAUUCUAGAGUACCCAAAAGGGGAGUAAGGAGGGGGUGAAAAGCAUUACUGUUGAAACUGAAUUUCUACUUUCGAUUCUUUUUUUAGCUUGUACUCCAAUUGUGUGCAUUGUCUUUUGUUGGCUAUUGUGCUCAACGUAUGCAGGCUAUCAAGAGAAAGGCCAUGAACAUAGAAUAUGAGAUGGCCAUGAACAUAGAAUAUGAGAUGGCCAUGAACAUAGAACAUAACAGCAAUUUUGAGGUUGAUGAACAUAAUAGCAAGUAGUGAACUCGAUAGACUCCUUAGAAAGGUUGAUGAUGCUACUUCUACUUCUAAUGUGGAAGCAGAGUCUACUACAGAUUCUGAAGAUUCAGAUGGUUUGCUAGAAAAAAUGGUGAAGUUUCUAGUUUGCUGGAGGAAUCUAUAGACAAAAGAGGACCUGUGGAAAUUAACGAAGAGGAAUCUGACGAGACACUGAAUCGUUCCUCAAAGCGUUCAGAGUCAAUGAUACUGAAUAAAUGGAAGCCUGAAGAGGUUAAGAAGUUGAUUAUGCUUCAUGGAGAUUUGCAUGAGAGAUUCCAGGUUGUAAGAAGAUGUAUGGCACUCUGGGAAGAGAUAUCAUCAAGCCUUGUAGCUGAUGGCUUCAAUCGGACACCUGGACAAUGCAAAUCCUUGUGGGCUUCUCUGGUCCAAAAAUACGAGAACUUAUCGGACUUGGAAAGCCAACAACAAAGGAUCUUGAAAGUCUCUAAGAUGGAAAUAAAUUACAUGUUCCCGGGAACUGAAAAUGCUUGAAUGUGGCUAUUACGUCGUGAAGUACAUGGAUCAAAUAGUUUUACUUGGGAUUACAAAGUAUUGGUAAUCUGGAAGAGGUACGUGCAUUUUUGUUAUUUUAGUUAAUUUUAUCUCAGUUUUAACUAUGCGAUAGCUUUUAUCCAAACUUUACUAAUUAUAUAUAUACAUUGUUGUGUUGAAGUACAAAUUUUUCUCCAAACCCGUACACUCAAGAAGAGAUCGAUGAAGUUCGGGAAAAGAGCAGAUAUUUUAUUAGUAGUUGUUUGUAGUCAUUUUCUAGUUUUCAGAGAUAGAAAACUAUAAGAAAUUGUGGUUAAGUUUUUGGAAUACAUAUUUGUUGAACCAACUUUCUUGUUUGAAUUAAUAAAAAAUCUUUUUGCAA